UUAGGGAUUUUGGCGGUUAGGGUUUUAGUACCAAGGCUUGUUUCGGGGCAGAAUAAUACUUUACAAUUCUGGCCUCUGGUCUUCUCUCUUUCCGCCAUUCCUCUCCUUUUUUCCCCUUUCUAUUCGCUAAAAUCUCAAACUCACUCUUCUGUCUUGCUGAUCACUAAACCCUAUCAGGAAAAUAUUGGUGUGCUUAGUUGGAUCCAAUGCGGAGUUCUUUCUAUUUUUAUUUCUAAAUCUCUUAGUUAUUGCUUGCAACAACUGAGAUAUUGGAAAAGUGGAUUUGAACUUGUUUGAACACAUGGAACCAAUUCUUCUUUUUAAUGGUCACUCUACCACAAGUCUGGUGAUGCCAGCAAGUAUAAAUGGUGGUGAUUCACGUUGCAUGUUUUGAUAUUGAGAGGCAAUCUGGAACUUAUCAAUUUUGAACCUUUUCAUUGUUUUCUCUAGGAUUUCACCUUGGACUAUCAGAGAGGCCAAUAAAACAAAUUCAGAUGUUAUGGGAUCAGAAGAAUAUAAUAGUUCUGAGAGGCUGGAUGAAACAUCUAAGAAAGGGCUUUGUUGGUUUGAGCUAAAUCGCACUGGGAUGGCACGGUGGGGGAAUUGCCGCCAGGUUAUAUUUGGCGAUCAAAAAGAGGAUAACACACCUCAAAUGUCAUCCAAUGUCAUUGAGGGAGGAGAUGAAAGAGAUGGUGGAGAAUCUGUGACAGUGGUGGAGUCUCUGGUGGCCAGUGGAACUGAGAAAAGAAAACGACCUUUGGGCCAACUUAGAGAGAUAAGAAUUCCAAGACAUACAAAACAAAGGCAAAGUAGUGGUUUUCAGAAGUGCAAGCAACACAAGCAACGGAACUCUGUUGAUCGAUGGUCUGUUGAGAGGUAUAAGUUGGCCGAGCAACACAUGUUAGAAGUGAUGAAGGCUGAAGGAGCUGUGUUUGAGAAACCAAUUUCUAGGCCAAUACUGAGAUCAGCAGCUCGCAAACGAAUUGGCGAUACUGGACUAUUAGACCACUUACUAAAGCACAUUGAUGGUAAAGUGGCACCCGGUGGUGCUGAGAGGUUUCGGCGGUGUUAUAACACCAAUGGGGUGAUGGAGUAUUGGCUGGAGAGUGCGGACCUUGUUAACAUCAAGCGGGAGGCUGGUGUUCCAGAUCGUAGCUGGGUUCCACCCUCUUGGUGGAAGCUUGGGGAUGCCCCUCAGGAAUCUGGAGAAUUGAAGCUGCUUAAGGAAGAAAUGGCCAAACUGAGGAGUGAUAUGCAAGAAGUAUUAUCCAAGCAGAAGGAGCAAGAAGUUUCUUGUACAAUUGAGGAGAUGCACAAGGAAUUUGUAAGAUGGAAAGCUAAGACUGAUCAAGGCCUGGCAGAGAUCUCAAGUUCUUUGAGCAGUAUGCAGGACAUGUACAAGGACUUGGUCACAUGGAAAGCUAAAACCGAGCACCAGCUGUUGGGAAUUUCAAAUUCAUUGAACAGUAUGCAGGCAUCAAAGCAAUGGACUACUACUUUCUGUCCAAGUUCAGAGAGAUGGGAAGAUUGGUUGGAGAGCACCAAUCUUGAUGGUCUUCAGGAGGGUUUUGCACCAUGGCUAGAAAGUGCUGAUUUGGUUAAUGUUGGGCAGGAGACAGUUGUACAAGAACCAUACUUGGUUCCACAACCUAUAUUAAAGCCUAGCUGUAGCCCUUCUCGGGAUCUUAUCUGUGCAAGAGAGCUGGAACUGCUCAAGGAAGAAAUGGCUAAAAUAAAGAGAGAUGUACAAGAGCUAGUUCCCAGGAGGCAGAUGACGAUAUAGCUAACAUGACCCCGGAUUCUUCUGUAACUGCCAAUCCAAAGUUUGAUAUUGACAAUCCAGUUUAAUAUUUCAGGAGAUGUUCAAGGAGUUUGCGAAGUGGAAGGCUAAAACAGAAGAGCGGCUAAUGGAGAUCUCCAAUGCUGUUACUGCGCUGCAGGCAUCAAGGCAAUAGACUAACUUACGUCUAAAUAGUUGGAAACAAUAGGAUAGGAUGUUAUUGAUUUGUUUGUAUUAUGGAUAGCUGUAGCUACCUUUAGACAGUAGAGUUUUAGGGUCUUUAUCUUGUAUAGGUCCUAGAAGCUGGAGCUUAGUUUUACCCAAACCCAAUAGAUUAAGUGAUAAAAAUGAGUAGGAUUAUUUCUAACCUUAAAAAGGAUUAGCUGAAUAUCUUAUAUGAUUAACUUAUAUCCAACAUUAGUUACCAGCGUAUGCUUGCUUUUUAGCUUUUUAAUUUAGAGGUGGGGGGCAGCAGAUGUAUUAGUGACCAGUUUAUCUAC